CUAGUACGCAUACGUUCCAAAGAAGGUACGUUUCGUCUUGACGUUGAUCCAAACGAAGGCAUAAUUUCUCUUGGUACAAAGAUUGCAAACCAACUCAAGCUAGCUGAUUAUAGCUCACUUGCGAUUUCUGAUAAACCAACAAACACUAUUUCAAUAACUGAUUUAAACGGGAAGACCAUUUCUCAACUAGGGAUUAAUCAUGGUGAUCUAUUAUAUGUCACGUUCGUUGAGCCUACGCCGGAAACCGAUGGAUCAAAUACGAUGCAAACAGAUUCUGCUGUAGCGAAGACAUCAGCACCAGCUCCAUUAAAUGUGAAACAAGAUCCAGUCGAUGAUUUAUUAGAUAAACAAGAUGGGUUGAUUAAACGAAAUAAAGAUCCGAAAUUCUGUAAACACGCGGCAAAUGGCAUGUGUGAUUAUUGUAUGCCUUUGGAGCCAUAUGACCAAAGUUACCUUGCCGAAAAAGGAAUCAAACACAUAUCGUUUCAUGCAUAUUUGAAAAGUAUCCACAAAGCUAAUAAGCAAUCGAAUGGCAAAUUUAUUCCUCCGUUGGAAGAACCAGAUUUUCGAGUGAAAACGAAUUGUUUAGGUGGUCAUUCCUCAUGGCCAGAGGGCAUAUGUACAAAAUGUCAACCAAGUGCUGUUACUCUAGCACUUCAGCAAUAUCGCAUGGUAGAUCAUGUAGAAUUUUCUGUGCCAAAAUUGGUCGAGAAUUUUAUUCGCUUUUGGCGAGAUACUGGUUUGCAACGGUUUGGUUAUUUGUAUGGUCGAUACGAAUCUCAUCCUGAAGUUCCCUUAGGAGUUAAAGCAGUUGUUGAAGCUAUUUAUGAACCACCACAAGACGAUGAAGUAGACGGCUUGACACUCACCCUUCCUUGGAACGAGGAACAAUUGAUAGAUGAAGUAGCUGCUGCUUGUGGUCUAGUUAAGGUUGGAAUGAUAUAUACUGAUCUUACUGACGACGGUACGGGUCAAGGCAAGGUUAAUUAUAAACGACAUAUCGAUUCAUAUUUUCUUUCUUCUCAAGAAUGUUGUUUCACUGCAGCCAUGCAGAAUAAGCACCCAUUAUUCACAAAAUGGAGUGCUUCUGGAAAGUUUGGUAGCAGGUUCAUAACCUGCGUUGUAAGUGGCAAUGAAGAUGGAGGCAUUUAUGUCAAUGCAUAUCAAGUAUCAAAUACUUGUGCAUCUAUGGUUUCUGCUGAUAUAAUUGAAGCAAGUGUGGAACCAGGUACAAUGAGAGUUAAAGAGAGUACUUCAGAAAGAUAUGUUCCUGAGGUAUUUUAUAAAUAUAAAAAUGAAUAUGGUGUAAAUGUACAAGAAAGUGCAAAGCCAUGUUUUCCUGUAGAAUAUUUGUUAGUUAAAGUUACAGAUGGUUUCCCGUCCAAUCCUACACCGCUUUUUACCUCAGAAAAUCAAUUUCCCAUUGCAAAUCGGCAUGGUCCACCUUUUUUAGUCCAGGAUUAUACGACAUUAUUUCGUCAUCUUGGGCUUAAAGAUAGCGGCAAUGUGCACGUUAAUUCCGUAUCAGAUUUCCAACUGUUAACUUUUGUUAAAUCAACUCAAAUAUUAGAUGAUAAUGAAUUCUCAGCAUUAGCAAGGUUAGCAAUUUCUCAUGAGGAAAAGGAUGCAAACCAAUUGGCUCAGAGUUCAGGUUGGCAAACAUUGGUUACUAUUAUGAGAGAAAAUGAUCAUUCACCAAUUCCAAAUGGAAUAGGUAGUGAUAAUAAUGCUGGAAUUGGAGGCAGCAGAAGUUUUUCAAUAUGGUCUUGUAGACAUUGUACCUUUGUUAAUCAAAGUAGUAUUAGUAGUUGUGAAAUAUGUGGUCUACCAAAAGAUUAA